AUUGCAGAGCGCAAGCGCAGGCACCUUGGUGUUAUUUAGUUAUUUUUAUCAUAAAAAUCUUUGGUUCGUUACUUUUUCUGAUAGCUUCCGUAAACAUGAGGAGUUGUAACGAUGUUUUAAUGGUCUGGUUGUUUAUUAGCGUUAAUGUUCGUUGUCUGUGCGAUUUUACAGCCAACUUCACACAGUCUAAUUUCGUGAAGUCUUCCGAAACAGGAGAGGGUGCUAUGUUUAUUUUCUUGCCAUCCACAACGGAAACCACCCGGAUGUUGCUUUUAGUAGUUAGCUAAUACAUCCAUGAGUGAGACACAUGUCGACACAAACGUUGCCUCUAAAAUGGAAUUAAACGUCAAGAAAACGAGUUCAAAGGCGUUGCUUUCAUGUGGGAACGGACAAGGUCUCAGUGAGAAGCUUCUCCUCAAGCCAAAGGCUGGCAGACCCCCGCAGACGGAGAGAGUCCCGAGGAGCAGCGUGUUGGAGCGGCUGCAGAGCUUCCUGCCUCAGAUGGCCGCGGCCAAUGAGAAGCUGAAGCAGCAGAUGGACGAGGCUCCGGCUGGACGCUUCGACAUCGAGAGCGUGGAGGGGGCCGAGAAGGUCAUAGAGAUGGACGUAGCGCUGGUGGAGCUCAGCGGGUCCGACAGCGACUCAGAAGAUGGAGAGGAGACGUCGGAGGAGGACUCCGGCGAGGAGAGCGACGUCACAGAGCAGAACCUUAAACUACCGGGAGACAACGGCAAGAGGAAGAAAGCCUUCAUCCAGGUUCUCCAUCCACCGGGAGAGUAGAGAAGGUGGCGCCACAGACUUUUUGGCUGCGUGUUGAGUUCCUUUUCCGCAUGAGGUGAUGCGGGUUUAAACUGACCAGGGACAAAAACCUCUGCCUGCCUCAGGCGUGGAGUGAUUUCAACCUACUUCACAGACACAGAGACAGAGAACAGGAAGACACAGAUCUUCCUCCUCUCAUCCCUAUGGGAACAAAUAUCAUUUUGUACAUUUAAGGCUCACAGCUGCAAAAGUGCCUUUGGAGCCAGAACAGAUGCUCUGAUUACCUCAUCAGCUGACCUCUGAGUGGACAUAAUGUGCAGGGUUUCCCCCAGAAAAGCCCGAUGGCAAGUGUUUUUUUUUCGUCAAGGGCCCGGCUGGGGCCGGUCCCAGACUGAUGGCAGCAUUAAUGUAGAGCCCAAUAACAGAAUCAUGGACGGAAUCGGGACAUUGUGAGUUUUAAAAAGCUAAUGGCUCUAAAGGCUCUACAUUGAGUCAGUGCUAAAAGCUAACUGGAGAUUCAAAAAUAUGACUGUGUCUAAGUUUCCAACCGAGCCGCCCCACUGCAACUGUUGUUAAAAAAAAAAAAACACACACACACCCAGUGGCUAAGGCCUGGUGGGGGGCAAUUUAUGCCCGGUGGGCCACCUGGUUUACAAUACACUGGGGGAAACCCUGAUGUGUUUAGGCGUAAUACUCGCCUUGUUUGUUGGCCUCUGUUCAUAGUUUCAUCAGUUUAGGCCGCAACGUAUUGUGUAUUGUGCUUUCAUGAAGCACAGUUGGGAUCUUCUCAAGGAAGAUAGAUUACCAGAUUUUUUUUUUUUACAUGGCAAUCCAAAUAAAGCCUCUGUGCACAAGC